AUGAAGAAGUUUUUUGUGCUUACUGUAUUAUCUACAGUUGUAGCAGGAGAAUUAUUUGCUAAAGAGAAUAUAACCUUGGAUGCGCCUUCAGUGAACAAGCAAGAAAAGUCCAGUAAAGUGAGUGCCUCUGAAGAGAGUAAAAAUGAAGUAAAGCCAAGUGCAGAAAACGAGAAACCAGAAGAAGACAAGAAGUCAUCGCCUUUUUCAUUUUUGAACAUUUUCAACAGAAGCACAAAGCCAACUUCAAGUGUGUCAAGUGCACCACUUCCCACGCGCACAGGAGAAAUACCAACCAGCAAGACAUCCACAAAGAAUAAUGCAGCAGCAACUACAAGCGUACAAAAUACCCAAGGAAAAGACAAAACAAAAACAGCAAGUUCCAGUGCAAAGAGUUCAGCUAAGCCAAAGACAAGUACUUCAACUAAGACAAAGACAAGCACUUCAACUAAGACAAAACCAACCAGUUCUAGUACAAAGCCAAAGACAAGUUCUUCAAGUAAGCCAAAAAGCACUGCGUCUUCUGAUACAAAGAGUUCAACUAAGGGAAAGACAAGCACUGUGUCUUCUGGUACAAAACCAACAAGUGGUGCACUUUCUUCUGUUAAGACAGUUACAGUCACUGAGAUCCGGGUGGUUACAAUUUACAAGCCAAUCCUGCCUACUACUACAUCUGACUCGUAUGAUGCCUCAUUUAAGGCAAGUACUGUUAAGUCCGUUAAAGUAGCAAAUGUUGACAAAAUAAAAGCAGAUGAAACAGCAAAUGAAUCUAUAAUAAAAUCCAACCAGAAGGCCCUGAAGGACCUGAAGUCACAGAAGGAAGAAGCCACCAAGAAAUUAGUUGCCUUGGAGAAGGACCUGGCAAAGAUUGACCAAAUCAUUGCAGUCACUGAGAGUGAAAAGAAGAUGCAGGAAGAAAUUGUUGAAGAACAGAAGAAGAACCUGACAAAAACAAAAGAGAAAUUCCAAAGCAAAGAGAAACAAGCAGAGAAGAAGAUUGAGUCAAUUGAAAAGAAGAUCGCAAAUAAUAGCAAGACACUGGAAACAAAAAAGAACAAAAAGACUGACCUAGAAGGAGACAUUAUGAUAACACAAAAACAAACAGAGCACUUGGACAAGGUGGAAAAGACAGUCCAAGGAGUUGUUGAAGGAAAUGUCAAAGAUAUCAUAAAAGACUUAAAGAAAGAAGUAAAAACAGAUGAAAAGGAAAUAAAGAAGGAAAAGUCAGUAGAUGAAAAAGACAAAAAGAAUCUGCAGAAGGAAGAAAAGAAAGAGAGAAAAGACAAAGAGAAAGAAAAAGACAAAAAAGACCAAGCAAAAGAUAGUUCAAAUAACUCAAUUAGGCAAGGAUUGUUUGGAACAAAGACAAAUGCAGCAUUCAAACCACAGGAGAAUAUAUCCAUAGGAAAGAAUAAUCCUUUGUCUUUGAGCAAGGAUGAUCAAAGGCUUGCAAUCCCACCAUUCGCACAGAACUUCACAAAUGGUCAUUUAGUGAUUAGUGGUGCUCCAAUUACUGCAAACUCAUCAAGCAUCCUUAAGGCAGAGAGUCUUUUUAAGGAUUCCAUGACAGCAGCCACUUCAAAAGCAAAUGCAGGAGAGAAAGUCCUUGCAUUCUGGGGGUACGUGACUUCUUUACUUUCCUCUGGACACCAAUAA